AUGGCAGCCCCAGAAUCACUAUCUUCUACUUCAAAUGGAUCGGCCCAAGUCGUAGCUUUAACAGCAACCUACAAAUCCCCCACCAAUGAAGCCUUCACUCUUGCACACGAAGUCCCCGCCCUAGCAUCUGACAAGGUCAGCGAGAAGACAGCAUACCUCAGCGCGUUGCGCAAAGCAACCGCCGUGCUACAGGAGCAGGUUAAUAAGGAGCUCACGGCGCGCAUGGAGGAGGAUAAGGCGCGUGUAGGCGGGCCAACAAAUGGAGUGUCAAAUACGGUUUUAAAUAUAGACGAGGCUGAGGAGGAGGAUAAUUAUGGAGAGGAGGUAGCUGAGGAGGAGGGUUGA